AUGCUUUGGAAACUGACGGAUAAUAUCAAAUAUGAGGAAUGUGAGAUGUUAGUACACAGUUUUUCAGCUAUGGAUCGUCACGAUGGCACCAGCAAUGGGACAGCCCGGUUACCCCAGUUGGGGUCUGUAGGUCAAUCUCCCUACACCAGCGCCCCUCCACUCUCCCACACCCCCAACGCUGACUUUCAGCCCCCAUAUUUCCCUCCUCCUUAUCAGCCCAUUUACCCCCAGUCUCAAGAUCCUUAUUCCCACGUUAAUGACCCCUAUAGCCUGAAUCCCCUCCAUGCCCAGCCUCAACCCCAGCAUCCAGGAUGGCCAGGACAGAGACAAAGCCAGGAAGCCGGGCUCUUACACACACACCGGGGGUUACCCCACCAGCUAUCCGGCCUGGACCCUCGUAGGGAUUACCGGCGGCAUGAGGAUCUACUGCAUGGACCCCAUGGGCUCAGCUCAGGACUAGGAGACAUUCCUAUCCAUUCGAUACCUCAUGCUAUAGAAGAUGUACCGCAUGUAGAAGACCCGGGUAUUAACAUCCCAGAUCAAACUGUAAUUAAGAAAGGCCCCGUGUCCCUCUCCAAGUCUAACAGCAACGCCGUCUCCGCCAUCCCCAUCAACAAGGACGCGCUCUUCGGCGGGGUGGUGAACCCCAACGAGGUCUUCUGCUCCGUGCCGGGCCGCCUCUCCCUGCUCAGCUCCACCUCCAAGUACAAGGUCACGGUGGCGGAAGUGCAGAGACGCCUCUCCCCGCCCGAGUGCCUCAACGCGUCCCUGCUGGGCGGGGUGCUCCGGAGGGCGAAGUCUAAAAAUGGAGGGAGAUCUUUGAGAGAAAAACUGGACAAAAUAGGAUUAAACCUGCCAGCCGGGAGACGUAAAGCUGCUAAUGUCACCCUGCUCACAUCACUAGUGGAGGGAGAAGCAGUACAUCUAGCUAGAGAUUUUGGGUACGUCUGUGAGACAGAAUUUCCUGCCAAAGCAGUUGCUGAAUUUCUCAACCGACAACAUUCCGAUCCAAACGAGCAAGUCACAAGAAAAAACAUGCUUCUAGCUACAAAACAGAUCUGUAAAGAGUUCACCGACCUGCUGGCUCAGGACCGAUCUCCCCUGGGGAACUCUCGGCCCAACCCUAUCCUUGAGCCGGGCAUCCAGAGCUGCCUGACCCACUUCAACCUCAUCUCUCAUGGAUUCGGCAGCCCUGCGGUGUGCGCCGCCGUUACCGCCCUGCAGAACUAUCUCACCGAGGCGCUCAAGGCCAUGGACAAAAUGUACCUCAGUAACAACCCCAACAACCACACAGAUAACAGCACCAAAAGCGGCGACAAAGAGGAGAAGCACCGAAAGUGA